AUGGCCCCGCUGAGGUCUGCGCAGGCAAGAGCACGUCCGCGCAGAGAAGCAACAAAGUAUCCAAAGAUUGUCAGCGAUACCGACCCUGAACUUCUCGCCACUUUUCAGGACGACGAACCUCCCCGCAAACGCAUUCGUACUUCGUCGCGGGCGGCAGCUUCACCCAAGAGGACCCCUGCCGCCCGAGCAGGCGGAAGGAGACGUGCGGAUCACGAGAGUACUCCACCUCUAACGCGAACGCCUCAAGCAGACGAUGAUUAUACGGUCUCCCGCACUCGUCCCAGGCCUACCCGAGAACGGAAGAAGGCAACCGCCACUACCCCGCGAUACUCGGCCAGAAGUAGGAAUAGAGGUGGCGCCCGUCCCAGAUACAGCACUGCUGCGGCAGCUUCCGCCGCAGUGACCCAUGGCGACGGCUACAAACCUCGAGAAGAGCGGGGUUGGGAGGAGUUUCACCCUGAUCUUGAUCUCGAUGGUGACUUUGCGGUAAUCCCGUCAGAAGAGGUGGACGGCCUGAUUAAGAAACCUGCGCUUGAUGAAGCGACCGAUGAUGGCAUGAGCGUGGCCGGAGGGAACGUUAUUGCGCUUGGUGUCUCUACACCCGUCAAGCGAAAGCCCGGGAGACCCCAUCGCACCAAAAACUCCAUGGUGCACGCACUUUUGACACCUGAGGUCCCCAAGGUCAUACCUAUGCCAGGGCCGAACCCCCGGGAACGGCUGACAUUGCCCAAGCCUUCGUACCGCGAGCUCGAUCCGUUUGUAUCGUACGAGCAGAAUAAGGACAUCGCGCAGGUUGAUUUUGUCGACAAGUCCAUGGCGAAUGUCGGGUAUCAGGAGAGCGAAAUAUUCCUGCGGCCGGAGCGCACUCUCAUAAGACAAAUGGAAGGAUCCGCGGAAGAGGACCUUGACUUAAGUCCGGACUUGAUCGUCAAUGGCGAAAACUCAGCAAUAGGCAGCAGCGGUGUUGGCCGGGUAGAGUACGACAUGGAUGAACAAGAUGUCAAAUGGCUCGAAGCCUUCAACAAGGGACGCACUAAGUAUGACAUCCAAAGCAUCAAACCCGCUAUUUUCGAGAUCACCAUGACAAAGAUCGAAAAGGAGUGGCACGCUUUGGAGAAGAGGAUACCAAAGCCGAACCCAAAGGCUCCCCAAACACAGCGGCCUCGGUCAAGCUCCGCUGCUGCUGUCAAUGGAGAACCUACUGGUGAAGAGCCUGACAGCAAGUGCGCGAUAUGCGACGACGGCGAUUGCGAGAACGCCAAUGCAAUAGUGUUCUGUGACGGUUGCGAUUUAGCUGUACAUCAAGAAUGCUAUGGCGUACCUUACAUUCCUGAGGGUCAGUGGCUGUGCAGAAAGUGUCAGCUUGUUGGGAACUCUCGACCUAGCUGUAUCUUCUGCCCCAAUGAGGGAGGUGCGUUUAAACAGACCAACAAUUCGAAAUGGGCGCAUCUCUUCUGUGCAAUCUGGAUACCAGAGGUGACGAUCGGCAAUCCUUCGCUGAUGGAACCGAUCACAGACGUGGAGAAGGUACCUCACAGCCGGUGGAAGCUCACCUGCUACAUCUGCAGGCAAGAGAUGGGUGCCAGCAUCCAGUGCAGCGACGGCCGCUGUUAUGAACCGUUCCAUCUGACGUGUGCUCGGCAAGCGGGGCUGUCUCUGCAAAUGAAAACCGGAGGUGGACAAAAUACGCUGAUGGACGCAUCCCAGCUGAAAGCAUAUUGCCACAAACACACGCCUGGUGAUUGGAAGCGUCAGCAUCAUACCGACAAAGCGUAUGAAGAGGCAGUCAAGUACUUCAAAGAACAUUUCAAGGGACAGAUAUGGGCGGACAGCCGUGCCUCUGCGCUUGCAAUCCACGAUACGCACGAUACCACUACGGCCGAAAGAGGCCAUCUCAAAGUCAUCCUCACGAACAAGAAGGGUCAGAAACAGAAGACCGUUUGGCGACUUCCUUCUGGUGCACCUGUGAUACCAGAGGUCAUCCUGAAGUCGAUCGAAGAGUCUCUAGUCAGAUUUACUGUGCAGAAAAAGAAAGAAUAUGUUUCCGAGAUCUGCAAAUACUGGACCCUGAAACGAGAGGCACGAAGAGGGGCUGCUCUGUUGAAGCGGCUGCAAUUACAGAUGGACACUUUCAGCUCCUUCGAAGUCACACGUCGCGAUUACAAGGCCCAAGGUGCAGCGGGCCGUGCCAGGUUAGAUCGUCGCAUCGAUUUUGCCCAAAGACUGGCAAAAGAUAUGGAACGAAUCGUACAGAUUUGUGACCUGAUCAAACAACGUGAAGCCGCGAAGCUGGAGGAAGCCAAACUGCUCAAGGAUGUCGUUGACACCGUGUAUUUUCCCAUUCCCCAUCUCCUGGAACCCAUCGUCGAGAAGGCGCUCAAAUUGGAUAGAGGACUCUUCCGUAACAGCCUCAUAGCAUUACGCGCCAGAGUGCUCAGAAAGGAACACACUACGGUGACAAGCUUCUCUAACGACGUUGUGCUGGCGAUCAGCUCGGAAUACCUCAAUAGUGCCACAAGCAUAUCAGAACUAAUCGCCCUUGUAAGCGGCAGAGCUGAGGACAUGUCUGCCGAAGAGCGGGAUCGACGGACCCUUGCGCGACGCAUUGUCAAGGGUAUCGAACCACUCCUUGAAGACGCAACUCGAAAGGAAGCCGAGUUGAAUGGCCGGCCCUACGCAGAACAGAUUCGGGAAAUGGACCAGGCGCUCCUUUCUCGGCGGGGCUCGAUGGCUCAGUCAAUCGAGAUACCGGUCCUCGAGCCGGUGGACCUGAAGCCCGAAGGCGGUAUCGCCAGCCCUGCGGAAGGUGACAUCGAGAUGAUGGAUGCCCCGAUCGCGGGCGGUGAGCUGCCUCAAGUCCAAGAGACGGUCAAGGAGUUUCAAGCGCCUGUCGGGCAAUCAGUCCUCGUCAAGCACGAAGACCUGUCCAUGGAAAGUCAACUUGUGUCGGCAAACACUCCGCCAGCCUCCAUGAACGGGUUCAGGCACGAGCUGCAAGGGAACGGGGACAUUUCAUCAGAACAAGUACAACAGGUGGAACCUCCAACACCUCCAAUGAGCCUGCAAGGGCACUCACAGACUCUCCCGGUCGAAGGCGGCAUCCCCUGGUAUGUUGCGCAAUUCGACCCCGAAGGCACUACGGUUUUCGAAGAACGCUGGACAGGCCCGGAAGUGCUACGCGACAUGAGCGAAGAACUUAGUGAGAUGGAUGAAGACGAGCUUCAGGGGCUAGGUCCAAGUGACGAAAUGGUCGAAAAUCGAAAUGGCGUUUCCCUUGGUGACGAGGCAGACGGCGCGACCAUAGAUGUGAUGGUCAAAAAGAAAAUCCUGAGGGGCAAGCGUAACAAGGCCUCAGAUUGGGGGCAAAGGUCCUUCCGCAACAGGAGAUGA